CUGCCUCAGAGGGCCUGGCUGUGAGGGCCAGAGGGCAGAGGCCGAGAGAGACACAGCAAAGGAACAACACAGGGAGAAAGAAGCAGAAGGAGCCCAACAUUCAUCCACAUAGCCAUAGCCACAGUGGGAGCCAGCCCUGGGAGAGGCUCUGCUGCCUGUCUGUCCCCAUGGGCCACUGUGGGUCAUGGCUGCACACUUCUCUCCUCUGGGCUGCAGUGGCCAGCCUGCUUCUCCCCACUGCCGUGACCCAGCAGCUGAGAGGGGCUGGGCCGGGGCCCAGCAACUGGAACAACAAUGCAGGAGCUUCGGAGCCCUCAGAGGACGCGUCGGGCAAGUUUGGCCACUCCCUGCACAGCCAUAGAGGCCACGGAGAUGAGAACAAGGAUGUUUCCACGGAGAGUGGGCAUCAUUUCUGGGGCCACGGAGACCACAGAGAAGAGGAUGAAGAUGUCUCCAGAGAAUCCCAAGACCAUAGGUACCAAGGCCACAAGGUGGGAGAUGAAAACAUCUCUGGUGAAGAGGAAUAUACAGAGCAUGCUCAGCAGGCCCGUGGGCACAGAAGCCAUGGGAAUGAAGAGGCGGAUGAUUCAGCUGAGCACGGGCACCCCUUCCCCAGCCCCAGGAGCCAUGGCCAUGAAGAUGAGGACGAAGACGAAGUUGUGUCCAGUGGGCAUCACCAUCAUAUCGUCAGGCAUGUACACCGAGGCCAUGGAGAAGAGGAGGAUGAAGAAGAGGAAGAGGAAGAUGUCUCCACUGAGUAUGGACACCAGGUUCACAGACAGCGAGACCAUGGGAAGGAAAAGGAUGAAGAUGUCUCAGAUGAACACCACCAUCAUGGCCCCAGCCACAGACACCGAGGCCAUGAAGAAGAAGAAGAAGAUGAUGAUGAUGAUGAUGAUGUCUCCACUGAGUACAUACACCAGACCCAUAGGAGUCAAGGCCAUGGGAAGGAAGACAAUGAAGAUGUCUUAGAUGAACACCACCAUCAUAUCCCUAGCCACAGACAUCAAGGCCACAGAGACAAGGAAGAUGAGGAUGAGGAUGUGUCCACUGAACACUGGCACCAGGUUCCCAGACGUACCCACCAUGGCCUUGGAGACGAUGAGGAGGAGGACGAGGAGGAGAAUGUGUCCGCUGAACACUGGCACCAGGUUCCCAGACAUACCCACCAUGGCCUUGGAGACGACGAGGAGGAGGACGAGGAGGAGAUCACAGUCAAGUUCAGCCACCAUGUUGCAAGCCACCAACCCCAAGGCCACAAGAGUGCUAAGGAGGAGGACUUCCCAGAGGAAUAUGAAAGAGCAGUCCCUGGCCAUCACCACCACGGAGUCCCCAAGGAGGAAGAUGAGGACACCUCUGCCAAGCUUGGCCACCAGGCUCCCAGCCACAGGCAGCAAAGCCACAGAGAUAAAGGGACUGGCCACAGAGGGUCCAUCAAAGAGGAGACUAGCUACCAGUCCCCAGAACACAUGGGAGUAAAGGAUAGAAGCCAUUUAAGGGAGAGUGAUUCUGAGGAGGAAGAGGAAGAGAAAGAAGAGGAUCACAGCUCCCAUGAAGAAGAUGAUGAAGGUUCAGAGGAGGGAGGAGAAGGUACCCACCAUGGCAGCCUGGACCAGGAGGAUGAGGAAGACAAGGAGGGAGGUCAUGGCCUCAGCCUGAGCCAGAAGGAGGAGGAAGAAGAGGAGGAAGAGGAGGAAGAAGAGAAGGAGGAGAGGAGGGAAGAGAGAGCUGAGGUUUGGGUCCCACUGAGCCAAGACCACCAGGAGGAAGAAGAUGAGGAGGAGGGGCUGGAGGAGGAUGAGCUCCCCUUCACCAUCAUCCCCAACCCGCUGGCCAGGAGGGAGGUGUCUGGAGGUGCCUCCAGUGAAGAAGAGAGUGGUGAGGACAUGGAUCAUCAGGAUGCCCAGGAGUACGGGAACUACCAGCCAGGGUCCCUGUGUGGCUACUGCUCCUUCUGCAAUCGAUGCACGGAAUGUGAGAACUGUCACUGUGAUGAGGAGAACAUGGGAGAGCACUGCGACCAGUGCCAGCACUGCCAGUUCUGCUACCUCUGCCCGCUGGUCUGCGAAACUGUCUGCACUCCCGGAAGCUACGUCGACUAUCUCUCCUCGUCCCUGUACCAAACCCUGGCAGACAUGCUGGAAACUCCGAAACCCUAACCCAGACACACGGCUGCGGCGCAGAUA